UGGUGAGGUGGUAUCUUUCGUGCCUGCAUAAGAAAGGAUCUCUAUGUUGCUCUCUCUCGCUUUCACUCUCCCCCUCCCUCCCUGUAACAUGCCAGCCCUUUAAUGUGGAGUGUCAGGGAGACGGUGACGUCACCCUGCCCGCUGGGUGGCGUCCCCUCGGUCCGACACGAGUUCAGAGACAGAGAAAGGCGCUGUCAGACUGCGCUCCACUUGGGGCUCGCUUGCCGCAGGUUUCCGCGCCCUCACUUUUUGCGGUCGAGGGGACACCUCGCUGCAGUUCAGGCCUUCAUCCUCCCAGACCCGGGGUUCCAGAGCCGUUAGCUCGCACCAGCGCCUGGAUCUUCGAGCGGAGCCCGCCGGAGUCCCGCCCGCUGGAUUCGAGGACCCGCUUGGAUGCUUCGCCUCCGAGCGCCCUCGGAAGAUGGGCCGGCAGCCACGCGCCUAAAGACUUCUAGGGGUGACCAGUCUUCAAGGCAAGCCGGGAGGGCUCGGCCCAGGGUUCCACGGCGGAGGAGAUGGCUUCCAGCCCGCUGCCGGGGCCCAACGACAUCUUGCUGGCGUCCCCGUCCAGCGCCUUCCAGCCCGACGCACUGAGCCAGCCGCGGCCAGGCCACGCCAACCUCAAACCCAACCAGGUGGGCCAGGUGAUCCUCUACGGCAUUCCCAUCGUGUCGUUGGUGAUCGAUGGGCAGGAGCGCCUGUGCCUGGCGCAGAUCUCCAACACCCUUCUCAAAAACUUCAGCUACAACGAGAUCCACAACCGCCGCGUGGCGCUGGGCAUCACGUGCGUGCAGUGCACGCCGGUGCAGCUAGAGAUCCUUCGGCGCGCAGGGGCCAUGCCCAUCUCAUCGCGUCGCUGCGGCAUGAUCACCAAGCGCGAAGCCGAGCGUCUAUGCAAGUCAUUUCUGGGUGAAAACAGGCCACCCAAGCUGCCCGACAACUUCGCCUUCGACGUGUCGCACGAGUGCGCUUGGGGUUGCAGAGGCAGCUUCAUCCCCGCGCGCUACAAUAGCUCGCGCGCCAAGUGCAUCAAAUGCAGCUACUGUAACAUGUACUUCUCACCCAACAAGUUUAUUUUCCACUCCCACCGCACACCGGACGCUAAGUACACGCAGCCAGACGCAGCCAACUUCAAUUCCUGGCGCCGUCAUCUCAAGCUCACCGACAAGAGUCCCCAAGACGAGCUAGUCUUUGCCUGGGAGGAUGUGAAGGCCAUGUUCAAUGGCGGUAGCCGCAAGCGCGCGCUGCCUCAGCCCGGCGCUCACCCAGCCUGCCACCCUCUCAGCUCCGUCAAGGCAGCCGCUGUGGCAGCCGCGGCUGCAGUGGCCGGAGGCGGUGGUCUGCUGGGCCCGCACCUGCUGGGCGCUCCACCCCCACCGCCUCCGCCACCACCCCUGGCUGAACUGGCUGGCGCUCCUCAUGCCCAUCACAAGAGGCCGCGCUUCGACGACGACGAAGAUUCCCUGCAAGAGGCAGCCGUCGUGGCUGCAGCCAGCCUUUCGGCCGCGGCCGCCAGUCUCUCGGUGGCCGCGGCCUCUGGCGGCGCCGGGGCGGGCGGGGGUGGCGCCGGUGGUGGCUGUGUGACCGGCGUUGGCGUUGGCGCCGGCGCGGGGACAGGCGGGGCAGCUGGCGCCAAAGGCCCGCGGAGCUACCCGGUCAUCCCGGUGCCUAGCAAGGGCUCAUUUGGGGGCGUGCUUCAGAAGUUCCCGGGAUGCGGGGGGCUUUUUCCUCAUCCUUACACCUUUCCGGCCGCAGCCGCGGCCUUUGGCUUGUGCCACAAGAAGGAGGACUCGGGCGCGGCGGCUGAGGCUUUGGGGGCAGCGGGUGCGGGGAGCGCAGGUGCAGCGCCCAAGGCCGGUUUGUCCGGUCUUUUCUGGCCCGCCGGCCGCAAGGACGCUUUCUACCCGCCCUUUUGCAUGUUCUGGCCACCGCGGACCCCCGGCGGACUUCCAGUGCCCACCUAUCUACAACCCCCACCGCAACCUCCCUCUGCGCUCGGCUGCGCGCUUGGUGACAGCCCAGCCCUGCUGCGCCAGGCCUUCCUGGAUUUGGCUGAGCCCGGCGGCGCGGGUGCGAGCGCCGAGGCUGCCCCGAUGGCUCCGCAGUCGCACCACCGAGGCCUUCUGUCCCCCGGGGGAACCAGCUGCAGCUACCCCAGCGAGGACAGCUCCGAGGACGAAGACGACGAGGAAGAAGAGCAGGAGGUGGAUGUGGAGGGCCACAAGCCCCUGGAGGGCGAGGAAGAAGAGGAGGAAAGUCGAGACCCCGAGGACGAUGAGGAAGAAGACGAGGAGAAUGGGGUUUCGUUAGGAGACCCCUUAGUUAGCGGUGGUCGGUUCCUCCAGGGCCGGGGGCUGUCCGACAAGGGAAACAGCCGCGACAGAGCAACGGCAGCCGCUGGCCCUUUCCCGCUCACCCUGAAUUCCUCCAGGUUGCUACAGGAAGAUGGCAAACUGGGUGACCCGGGCAGCUCGGACCUGCCCCCGCCCCCUCCUCCGCCUCUGGCCCCCCAGAAGGCGAGCGGUGGUAGCAGCAGCCCAGGCAGCCCCGUCCACCAUCCAUCACUGGAGGAGCAGCCCUCCUACAAAGAUAAUCAGAAAACUAAGGAAAAUAACCAAGCUAUUAUAUCUACAAAGGAUGACAACAACUUUUCAGAUAAGAAUAAGGAGCAUAGCUUUUUCAUCACAGAUUCCGAUGCUUCUGGAGGAGAUUUUUGGAGAGAAAGAUCAGGUGAACAUACACAAGAAACCAGUUCACCUCAUUCACUCAAAAAGGAUGUAGAAAAUAUGGGGAAAGAAGAACUUCAGAAGGUUUUAUUUGAACAAAUAGAUUUACGGAGACGACUGGAACAAGAAUUCCAAGUGUUAAAAGGAAAUACAUCUUUCCCAGUAUUCAAUAAUUUUCAGGAUCAGAUGAAGAGGGAACUAGCUUACCGCGAGGAAAUGGUGCAACAGUUACAAAUUAUCCCCUAUGCAGCAAGCUUGAUCAGGAAAGAAAAGCUUGGUGCCCAUCUCAGCAAAAGCUAAAAGGUGCACACAUCCACUUAUUCUUGUUCUCUUUGUAAAAUACAGCCUGCCACUGAGCACUUCUGACCUGCAGAAAGACUGCACACUGAAAGGGCUUGGGAAUCCAAUACAAAAUCAGGUUCAGGAGAACCCAAGGACAAGUGACCUCAAAGCAGCAUGGACAACCAUGUAAAAUAGACUGUAGCCAUUCAUUAGUGGGGGGAGGGGGGAGCCAACCAGAGCCGUCAAUGCUUGUCGCAUCUUUUGGUGGAACCAAAGUUUGAGUAUUUGUGUUUUUAAAGGACAACCGAACCCAGAGCGUGGGAAGUGCUGUUAGCCAACUGGCUGGGUGGGACAUCCACAGACGGUCCCAGGAAGUCUCAGUGCUGCGCACAAGGAGAGAGAGCAGCUCUAUACAGUUGUCUUUUACUUUUGAAGAAGUGAUUCUUAGUGGAAAGAAGACAGAAGAACUGUCCCGGGAGUGGGGAUCGUGUUUCUUUUGACAGACUGGGAAGAUGUCAGCUCUACAAACCUGCUUUUCAUGGCAAACUGGACAGACACACGUGGCCCCUUCCUCUCUGGUCCUUUGCCUGCUGUAUGAAUGAAGAUUGUAUUCCUCUGGAAAUAUUUUACAAUUUAAUAUUGAGUGUAAUUAAGAAUAUAAUCAUGUUAUCAAAAAUGGUAUUUAACUCUGUUGUAGUUUCUUUAACAUUCAUGUGGAUAAAAAGUCUAUAAUAAAAAAAAAACCUAUGAAGUAAUGGUUGUGUUUGUGUGGUUAAGUGCACA